GGUGCUACUGCCCAGACUUCAGCCCUGGGGGUGCUGUGGGGUUGGGCUGAGCAGCCUCGGCUUGUUACCCAGAGGAGUGGAUGUGGCUGGAUGUGGGCUGGGCUCUCCUGAGUGCUCUUUUUAUUUUCAUAAGUUGAUGUAGCUCUAGCAGGCAGAUCUGGCGCUUCAUCCUCUGCUGACCCUCUGUCAGCCCUGAUGCUGCCCUUGGGGAGCUGGCAGGGACUUCUGGUCUAUUUCUGGGACCAGGUCUGGAGCACUAAAGUUGGGUCAGGCAGAUCCUUUGCCUCUUGCCCUCGGGGUCUCCAUGGAAAAGAGAGCCCUGUUUUCCAGUAUCCAGCUUCAUUGAGGGGGCGGGACCAGCACAGCUGGCUCCUCCCUGGACUAGGGCCUCAAAUACCUGUGGUGCCCUGAUGCCAGAGCUGCUUCCGGACCAAGUCUGGGCAGUAGGUCCUGUGCUGGCACACACCCCCAGGCUGGACCCAGGAUCCCUACUGGACCAGGCCUUUAAGCCUCUGUGAUCACUUCAUCCACAUCCUAGGGCUCACUCUGUGCCAUGGGCGGGCCUGGAGCCCUGCUGGCUGUGCUCUGGGCACUUGGGGCCACUGGAGCUGCUACAUUGCGCAUUGGCGCCUUCAACAUCCAGAGCUUUGGCGACAGCAAAGUGUCUGACUCUGACUGUGGAGGUGUCAUCUCUCAGAUCCUGGCUGGGUAUGAUGUUACGCUGGUGCAGGAGGUGCGAGACCCAGACCUGAGUGCAGUGUCUGCACUCAUGGAGCAGAUCAACAGCAUGUCCAAGCACGAGUACAGCUUUGUGAGCAGCGAGCCCCUGGGUCGAGACCACUACAAGGAAAUGUACCUGUUCGUUUAUAGGAAAGACAAAGUGUCGGUAAUGGAUACGUACCAGUACCCAGACCCCGAGGAUGCCUUCAGCCGCGAACCUUUCGUGGUCAAGUUUUCAGUCCCGGGCUUAGGUGAGGCUGGGCCCCCCCUCUCCGCACCCCUGCCCCCCAUUGGGUCCGCCCCUGACUCCCUGUCCUUGUCGGCAGCCACCAAGGAGCUGGUGAUGAUUCCCCUGCACGCAGCCCCGCACCAUGCCGUGGCAGAGAUAGACGCACUCUACGAUGUAUACUUGGAUGUGAUCGACAAGUGGGGCAUCGAUGACAUGCUGUUCCUAGGAGACUUCAACGCUGACUGCAACUAUGUGCGUGCGCAGGACUGGGUCACCAUCCGCCUGCGCAGCAGCGAGGUCUUUAAGUGGCUCAUCCCAGACAGCGCCGACACCACAGUAGGCAACUCUGACUGCGCCUAUGACCGCAUCGUGGUGUGUGGUGCCCGCCUGCGCAGGAGCCUGAAGCCACAGUCGGCUACUGUGUACAAUUUCCAGGAGGAAUUCAGUCUGAACCAGACUCAGGCUCUUGCCAUCAGUGACCACUUUCCUGUGGAGGUGACCCUCAAGUCACAUUAACAGCACUGAGGCCCAGCCAGGGUGCAUCAGCCACACUCUGGAAUGGCCCCACUGUGGCUCCUUCAGGGUAUCUGCUAUCUCCUAGUGAGGCCACAGGGCAGGGUCUGCUGGGCGUGGACAAGUAGUCAUCCACACAUCAUGGGACCACUGAAGAGCCUGAUUCACCAUCUGUGAGACUUGCUACCACUGUCCACCACAGGGUUGUUGUGAAGAGUCCGUAUGAAGGUUAUUGGCUGCAGUGCUAGGCACAUGUCUGUGAUCAGUAAAUGAGCACAGCUCAGCCAGGACCAUAUAACAAGUUGUUUCCAAGGCAUCUGU